AUGGAAAAUGGCCAAUGUUGCUUCUAUUGUCAUGGCGUAUUAGCAUUAAAUGUAUGUGGGAGUUUGACAGGAGACGUGGGACAAACCCAAAAUAAUUAUGCAGAAGCUCUUUGGAAGAGUAUCAUGUUCUUUGAAGGGCAAAGAUCUGGAAAACUCCCCUCCUCACAGAGGAUGGCUUGGCGAAAAAAUUCUGCGCUUCAAGAUGGUCAAUACAUUGAGGUAGAUUUGGUUGGUGGAUAUUAUGAUGCCGGCGACAACUUGAAGUUUGGAUUUCCAAUGGCUUAUACAACUACAAUCUUGUCAUGGAGCAUCAUAGAAUUUGGCAUGGACAUGGGCCCUGAAAUUUUCCAUGCUAUGGCAGCAGUGAGAUGGGGGACUGACUACUUGCUUAAGGCUACUUCUGAGCCUAAUAAAGUCUAUGUUGGGGUCGGUGAUCCUCUGGCUGAUCAUAACUGUUGGCAAAGGCCUGAAGACAUGGACACUGCUCGCACUGUCUAUGUUAUUGACAGUCAAAAUCCCGGUUCUGAGGUUGCCGCUGAGACUGCUGCCGCAUUGGUGGCAGCUGCAUCCAUCGUCUUUAGAGAAUCUGAUCCCGUUUAUGCUGAUGUGCUUUUCAACGCAUUGGCAGCUGCAUCCAUCGUUUUUGAAUUUGCUGAUACUUAUCAAGGCUCUUACAACACUAGUCUUGGUGGUGCUGUCUGCCCAUUCUACUGUGAUUGGAGUGGAUAUGAGGAUGAAUUAAUUUGGGGAGCAGCAUGGAUCUAUAGGGCCUCUAAUAGCACAUGGCAUUGGGAAUACGUUGCUAGAAAUAUUCUUUGGCUGGAGUCUAGUAAAGGUGCAGGAGUGGGUGAAUUUGGGUGGGAUGAUAAGCAUGCAGGCAUCUAUGUGCUCCUUUACAAGGACUUUCUCAAGAGCCAAAACCAACAUCUAGUUCCCUACCACAAGAAGGCUCAAGAUUUUGUCUGCACAGUGCUACCUGAAUCACCCACCAAAUCUGUGAAUUACUCCCAUGGUGGGCUUCUUUUCAAGCCGGGAGGAAGCAACAUGCAAAAUCCCACAGCACUUUCUUUUCUCCUUGUUGUCUUUGCUCAAUACAUUAACGAGAAUAAUCAGAUUGUCACCUGCAACAAUGGUGUUAUUGCUCCACCAUCAAGGCUUAUAGAACUAGCCAAAAGUCAGGUGGAUUAUAUUCUUGGUGACAACCCAUUACAAAUGUCCUAUAUGGUAGGUUAUGGCGAUAAGUUUCCGCAGAGGAUCCACCAUCGGGCUUCCUCUCUACCAUCUAUGGACGUGCAUCCUGAGAAGAUCACUUGCAAGGGUGGAACACCAUUCUACUUGAGCAGUCAACCCAAUCCUAACUUGUUAGUUGGAGCCAUCGUGGGAGGACCCGACGAGGAUGAUCAGUACCUCGACUUGAGAUCUAUGUUUACGCAAUCAGAGCCCACCACUUACAUAAAUGCACCCAUGGUUGGACUCUUGGCAUAUUUUCAUGCCAAGGCAUGAUGAUGAUUCAUUCUUUUGUAUUGGCUGAUCCAUUUCAUACAUCGAACUUUAGCAGU